AUGUGGUUGGUGGGGCCGGACUACAUCUACCACAGCCACCAGGCGGGGUUUUGGCUCGACGAGGCGACGGAGGGCGGGAGCCGCAUCUUCCCCCCGCCUUUUAAAUGCCAGCGCUUUUUGCUCACCGUCGAGCAGGACGGGAUUCGGGAGAAGCUCGCGGAGGUGAUUCGAUAUGGCGGCGGCGAGGUCAUCGGCGCCUCCACCUCACGCCCAGCUUCGGCCGCCUCGAGCAAACAAUGGAGGGAAAAGGGGGCCGUGGUGAUCGCAUCCGGCAAUGAUUUACUCCGAUACGCCAUUCAAAUACCCACUUAG